AGUGCAAGCCCGCCUCCCGGUCUUCCGAGCUGCUUAGUCAGGACCGGGAGAGAGGGCGCGCUGCUGGGAUCCAACGCCACGCUAAGCCAUGGCAGCCAUUAGGAAAAAGCUGGUGAUUGUGGGAGAUGGCGCCUGUGGGAAGACCUGCCUCCUUAUUGUGUUCAGCAAGGACCAGUUCCCAGAGGUUUAUGUACCAACUGUCUUUGAAAACUACAUUGCUGACAUUGAAGUAGAUGGGAAACAGGUGGAGCUAGCUCUUUGGGACACAGCUGGACAGGAAGACUAUGACCGGCUGCGGCCCCUCUCCUACCCGGACACUGAUGUUAUCCUUAUGUGUUUCUCCAUUGACAGUCCAGACAGUUUAGAGAACAUACCAGAGAAAUGGACUCCAGAAGUGAAGCACUUUUGCCCAAAUGUGCCCAUCAUCCUUGUGGGAAACAAAAAGGAUUUGCGGAAUGAUGACCAUACCCGUAGGGAGCUGGCAAAGAUGAAGCAGGAGCCAGUGAAACCAGAGGAAGGGAGAGACAUGGCAAACAGAAUCAAUGCUUUUGGUUACCUGGAGUGCUCGGCCAAGACGAAGGAUGGCGUGCGGGAGGUGUUUGAAAUGGCCACUCGAGCUGCCUUGCAAGUCAGGAAAAACAAAAAACGCAAAGCCUGUCCCCUCUUUUAACAAGGGAGCAUCAGCAAAGGAAGUGACUGUCGUCUCAACUGUAUCUGUCUCUUUCAAUAUGCCCCACAAAUGUGAGGUUGAGGUGGGGAGAAGAGCUGUGUUGGCUGUCUAGAGUAAGAAGUGAACAUGCCUGUUGUGCCCUUUUGCACAGUAGUAAGGGCUGUUGGGGUCCCCCUGGGGGUGGUCCCUGUCGUUGGUCUCUGGGCCAUGUGCCCUAGCUGUCCUCUCCAGCACCUCCUGUGCCUGAGAGCCAGAUGUCUCUUGAAUCUUCUCGUAAACACGGUCAUUUUUGUAUAGAGCAGGCAACACACCUGAAUGAAUUCUACAUUGCUCGUCACUCCCGUUUUAUACUAAUCCUUCAGUUUGGUGCCUGAUAUAGGUUCAUGUAGCCUGUCGUCUGUCUUUCCGUUCUUGCAAAGUAAGGAAGCUACAUUUGAUUGCUGAAUAUUGCAAUCUGCGGAGUCAUACUCUGAUUAAAACGUACAGCAUUCACCCCUGCCUCUCUCUACACAAACUUGUUGGUGCAAGUGGAAGCCUUACCAAAAUGCCCAUCUGUAUUUCAGUGAGGAGCUGAGCUCUGCUGUGGUCAGAAAUGCUCUUUGUUCUGUCUGUGUUUGGGCAGUGCCUUGCAUAUUAUCCAUACUGUAUUUUCUCUGCUUUCAUUAAAUUAAAUCAGACCGUGCAACAAAAA